AUGGCAGAGGUUCCAGCACCCACUCCUCUGGUAGAGUGGCCAGACUACAAUCUCAUGCCCACCGGAGGAGAUGUCAUGACGACGGAUCUCAAUGCGCCGUACGACAAAGGCGACUUGUGCUGGAUGUUAGUGAGCAGUCUUAUAUGCUGGCAAAUCACGCCUGCCAUAGGCUUCCUCUACGCCGGAAUGCACAGGAAAAAAUCAGCGCUCACCAUGCUUUUCCAAUCCCUGUUCUGCGCCUGCGCCGUGGGCAUCCAAUUCUGGGUCUACGGCUACUCGCUCUACCAAUCGCACACCACCAACGCGUUCCUCGGGGAUUUGUCAAAAGCAGGCCUGCACAACGUUCUGGGGUACCCGUCGCUUGCAAACAGCGACAUCCCGGAUAUCCUGUAUGCGUGCUUCGGCUUCACGUUUGUGACCUGCACUGCCAUGAUUUUGGCGGGGGGUAUGCUUGAGCGUGGGCGCCUGUGGCCUUCGAUGCUGUUUCUGCUCUGCUGGACAACUUUCGUGUACUAUCCUCUGGCGCACGCGGAGUGGAAUCCAAGCGGUUGGCUGUACAAACUCGGCGUGUAUGACUUCGCUGGAUCGGGUCCCGUGCAUAUUGCGUCUGGGUUUUCGGCGCUGGCGUGGGCGAUUAUGCUGGGUCGUAGGGUGGAUGUGAAUAAGGAGUCGCUGCAUCCUAGGGUGCCGCAUUUCAAGGCCCAUAGCCCGGCUCUUGUGGUUCUUGGCACGGUUUUGAUCUGGUUUGGGUGGUAUUCCUUUAAUGGUGCAUCGACGGCCAAUCUCUCCAUUCGCUCCAUAUACGUCGUCUGCAAUACUAACCUCGCUGCUUGCGGGGGCGGCAUUGCUUGGAUAUUGCUCGACUAUUCCCUAACUGGCAAAUUCUCCAUUGUCGGUUUCUGCUCUGGCAUCAUCAGCGGUCUUGUCGGCAUCACCCCAGCAGCUGGCUUCAUCCCCAUCUACUUCGCCGCCCUAAUCGGCGCUCUAACCUCCCUAUGCUGCUACUUCACCGCAAAAUACAAAUACCUCCUCGGCGUCGACGAAGGGCUAGACAUCUUCGCCAUCCACGGGCUCGGCGGUUUCGUCGGCGACAUCCUGACGGGUAUUUUCGCCGCGGACUUCGUACCCGCUCUGGACGGCGUGAGCAACACAUAUGAAGGCGGCUGGUAUAAUCGCAACUGGAAGCAGGUCGGGUACCAGCUCGCUGCUGCGUGUACGUGUGCGCUGUGGUCGUUUGUUUUCUCCAUCGUCAUGUUGUUUGUUAUUAGUAGGAUUCCGGGGUGCCAUCUUAGGAUCGCGGAGGAGGAUGAGGUUAGGGGCUUGGAUUAUAGGUAUUUUCAUGAUGUUGAGGAUGAGAUUGUUAUUCUGGGGUUGGAUGGUGGGAGUGGGAGUGGGAGUGGGAGUGGAAGUGGAAGUGGAACGGGAUUGACGGGGAUCGAGUGGGAUGGUGGUAGUAUUGGGUUGAUUCCAUGGCGGACAGUGUUGUUCGGGGCUGGUCGACUUUUGGGCUCUGGAACCAUCGCAGCGCAUAUGGUGUUCUGGGUAAACGUCACGGUCCUCGGCAAAGCCUGCUAUCACAUGCUUUCCCACCCAGCCUCGAGGCGCAGCAACAACCGCUGA